AUGGUCACAAUUAGAUCAGUUCUUGCAUUAGCUUCGAUUCAUGCUUGGCCACUCUUCCAACUUGAUGUGUUUAAUGCUUUCUUGCAAGGAGAUCUUCAUGAAGAGGUUGCUAGGUCCUCUAAAGGGAUUGUUUUGAACCAAAGAAAAUAUGCACUUGAGUUGAUUUCGGAGGCUAGAUUAUCUAUUGUGAAGCCUGCUGACACCCCUCUUGAGCAGAAUUUAAAACUGACUUCAUAUGAGUUUGAUCAGAAGUUUCCACCAGAUGAAAAGGAUGAGUUGCUGACAGAUCAUAGCAUGUUUAGGAGAAUGGUGGGAAGGUUGUUGUAUCUGACCAUGACUAGGCUUGAUAUUUCGUUUGCUGUCCAGACUUUAAGUCAACAUAUGCAGACUCCUAAAUAA